UGGCAGCGGCCGGCCGAGGCGAAGAAGAUCAUGGGCCUCAUAUUUUACGGUCGUCGCUCGACCGUUUCCAUCCUGGACUGUUACUUGAAGCGCAAUUUGGCCAAGAACGGGGGCCUUCUCGACGGCGUCAUCUUCCUCCAGCGCACCGAGAAAGAAAAAGACAUCAAGUUCCUCGAAAAACUGCUGGCGAGCGAGCCCGAUUACGAGAGAUGGGACAUUGACAUGACCGAGGGCGGCUUCGCCUCCUCCUACGACCUCAUUCAAGACGAUGUCUUGUAUGUCAAGAUGGACGACGAUAUAGUCUACAUUGAAGAUUCCGUCAUUCCCUCCAUAGUCACCACCCGAGCUCAACACCCCGAAUACUACGUCGUCUCCGCCAAUGUCAUCAACCAACCGCUUAUCAGCUGGAUUCACUGGAACCUGGGCGCCAUCAAGCCAUACAUGCCCGAGAUCAACAAGGCCUAUCCCGCGCCCAAGCCUGGCAGCAAGUUGGACUGGCGACCAUCCGUGUUACCCUCUUGGGAAGGGCCUGACGACUUCGAGGUCAUUGACUGGAACCCUCCCGACCACCAGAAACACCGAUGGCUGCCCAUCAAGGGCCGCAACGACCACGUCCUUGACCGCACUCCCAUUCUCGAGACGGAAUAUGACGCUUUUGGAACGGGCUGGAAGAAGUGGCAGAUUGCCGCUCAAGAGCACUAUAGUCUGUUUGAGAACAUUGAGAACGAUGCCCUGGACCAGUACCGCUUCAAGACUUGGGACUUCCAACUGAGGCGCAUGGGAAUCCAGUUUACUGCCAUGAUGGGCAAGGAUAUUAAUCAGGCCAAACCAAUUGACGCUGAUGACGAGCAUCAUUUUGCUGUCACAAUGCCCGAGAGGACCGGGAGACAUGCUAUUGCUGAUGGCGGCGGUGUUGUUGCCCAUUACAGCUUUGGCGCCCAAGCCGGCGAAGAGCGAAUCGAACAGACAGACAUUCUCGAACGAUACCGAGUCUACGCCGAAGACAUGAUUUGCAAAGAUCCCAUGCUAUGGGACCCCGUCAUGAAUAAGCACUCCGACUAAUGCCAGAAGUCUAAAUGGCAACAUUUUUCCCUUUUCGAUUUUUUUCGACGACACGUGUAUUAUGUACAUUCUGUACGCAUAUUUCGGACCGAUGUCCUUUUCUUCCCUCGGCGAAUACGGGAGUUGGGAGUAUGGUAUUAUUAUUUUGAAAGUGUGGGUUUUUAGGAACAUGAAAAGAGGUGCAGCAGUUUCGGCAUUUAAAGGGGAGAAAAUUCUCAUAAUGGGAGGGUGAGCGAGGAAAGGAAGCGGUCCAUUUAGUUGGCAUAUUAUUUUUUGGUUCUGGGCGAUACCCUUUGUCACCAGGCUGCAGAAGCACAGCAUUUUAAUACUUAGAAUGGCGGCGCUGGGUAUAUAUCACUUUUUCAUAGACGCGAAAGCCUUGUUCUUUUGGAUAUGGUGUUUGUGUAUGGCUUUGAUUUGAGGCGUGAGUGCGGCUUUUUGUGCAUGGAGUGGAGAAAAAGCAAGGGAGAAGAAGCAUAGAUAUAUACGACCAUCAGUGAGAAUGCGAUGUCGACUUGAGAUUCUGAG